UUUUGUUUAAAAUUAAUUUUGCUGUUUCAAUUUUCUCAUUCUAAUUUAAUAUAUUUUAAAAAUGUGUUAUAUUUAAAGACAUGGUUAGAAAUUGGCCAUUUGUGUGAAUUUGGCCGAAGGUGUCAAAAACAUAGGACUCUGUUUUUUCAUUCCUUCAAUAAUUUGUUUCUAGCCGCGGAUGACACGAAGACAUUAUAUUUUUAUCAAUUUUACUUUUUUACUUCGAAAUCAAAGUCUUAGGGAAAAUAGAAUGAAAAGUAUGAAUGCCAUAACAGAAAGAAGUAAUUUAAUUAAUAGUGAAAAUGAAGAUUCUAAUGUUUGGAAUAGUUCUUAUGGGAUUUUAUCUAACAGGAAAUUAGCAAGAUCCGUAGCUUCUCUAAUUUGCCAAACACAUGCGAUUGAAAAUAAAUUGAAAAUAUUUGCAGAACAGAAAUCUAUUUCUGCAAAAGAAGAAGAAAGUAUAAAAAAGUCUUGCGAAUUAUAUGAACAGAUGUUAAUCUUAAUCAAAGAAUGGAAAAAUCUUCAUUUUUCAAAUUUGUCUAAUACUUUGAAUCCUUGGAGUCAACAAAUUUUCAAGAGCCCUAAUAAACUCAUCAUAUAAAAUAAAAGUGUACUCAGACUAGGGUUUUACAAAACAAUUUGUAAAAAUAUUUUUCGAAUAUAAAGUUUUCUUACAA